AUGGGCAGGUUGAGUGAGACUACAAGGAUUGGUGGCACAAUUGGGUACUUGCCCCCUGAGAGCUUCCAGAGAAGGAGCAUUGCUACCUCAAAAUAUGAUGUUUUCAGCUUUGGAAUAGUUGUGUUGGAGGUUGUGGCUGGCAGGAGGGCCAUUGAUCUCACAUACCCUGAUGAGAAAAUCAUCUUGCUUGAUUGGGUCAGAAGGCUUAGUGAUGAAGCUAGGCUUGUUGAUGCUAGGGACACAAGGCUGAUAGACGGUUCCUAUAAGGUUUUUGACAUGGAGCAAUUGAUUCACAUAAGCCUCUUGUGCACACGCCAUGACCCUCAAUUGAGGCCAAGCAUGAAAUGA